UUGUGCAAUUCUGUUUGAGGAAUCUAAGUUUUCUUCACAUUCUCUUUGGCAGGUUUUAGCUCUCUUGUCUUGCUCCUGAAUCCAUCCGCGUUUAAAUGGAUCGCUACUGCCCUCUGGUGGACACACGUUGUACUGGGCCUCCAGAGCAGUGAAGAGCAGUGAAGUAGGAGAUGGGGGAGUGGAGGGUGUUUUCCAGAUGUUUGACUGAAUAAUUCAGAGCCUGGCGUUCAGAACUUCUUUCCCUCUAGCCAUGUCAUCCAAUUUAAGAGGCACUGACAUCCAGCCAGGCAGUGGAAAAUCAAGACUUUGCCUGACGAUAUUAUUACGAUACUAUUUUGUAUUUUAAACGGUUUAUGAAUGAUUUUCACUGGGUGUAAGCGGGGGAAGGGAAAAAAAAUAGGACAUGUCAUCAUUUUUCACUAGAAAAUAGCUCCAAUAUUAGAAAUUUUAUUAAUGAUACAGCAGCAGCUUAUCUCCAAAAUAGUGAGAUGACUAAUCGAUAACAUCUAAAUAUAAUAUGAGUGCCGUGCAAUCCUCUGACAGCCUCAGUGUGCGCUGGAGAAGCCGUUGCUGUAACGCACCGCGCACACUGUGUUCUGGCCGUCAGUGCACGCACGCAGAAACAUCUUUUCACACUUGCAGGAAACGCAUGCGCGUAGAGGAAACCAACUGGUUUGUGUCAAGUCGAGGCAGACGGAUGUGAUCGAGCCAAAAAUCACCUGUAUUCUGGCAUUCAUGGUGACACAUCCAUGGGCUCAGAGCGGGUGGAGAUGCGUAAGAGACAGAUGCAGGUUCAUCAGGAAGCAGCUGCCAGUGUCCUCCAAGCGCGCCACAGAAUGGGAAACACCCCCACCAACGCCUCAAACGCCUGCUGCUUCUGCUGGUGCUGCUGCUGUAGCUGCUCCUGUUUGACUGUUAGGAGUGAGGAUGAGGCAAUUCAGAGGACCACAUUUGAGCACAGGACAGAGGGAACCACUAACUGCGAAGAAAGUCCGAAGCCUACUCUGGAAGACGCUCGCUCCUGGUCAAUAUCGUUUGAAAAGGUGAUGAAAAGUGCAGUGGGUCGCAGCUGCUUCAGGCAGUUCCUGCGCACAGAGUUCAGCGAGGAGAACAUGAUGUUCUGGCUCGCCUGCGAGGAGCUCAAAAAGGAGACCAACAAGACUGUGGUGGAGGAGAAAGUCCGGCAAAUAUACGAGGACUUCAUCUCAAUCCUUUCCCCUAAAGAGGUGAGCUUGGAUUCACAUGUGCGAGACGUGAUCAACCGCAACAUGCUGGAGCCGACCUCACACACGUUCGAGGAGGCUCAGCAGCAGAUCUACACGCUGAUGCAGAGAGACUCGUACCCCCGCUUCAUAAACUCAGCUACGUAUACAGAUCUGCUGAAGAGCCUGGAGGAGCCUCCCCCUGAGCCAUAGACUCUCCACUGCCACACACUUAGCUUUUCAAAAUGGCGCAUGCGUCCCACCCGAAGGAGUUUCGUGUUCCUGCAGGAGCCCUGCUAUUUAGAGAAAGACAGACAGGAAAAUGAAGAUGACUUAAAACCGGUCUUUAUCCAGCUGUAACUGCUGUUUAUUUUCCCAUGAUUAGUUUACCAAAAUACUUGGAGCAAACAAGAACAAAUGCUAGAUCCAGCAUCAGUUACUUGUUCAAAAACAUAUCUAUAUUUUUAUAUAUUCCCUAGCGCUUGACAUUGCACUUUUCUACCUUGUUUAAUGAGGAAAAGCAUGUAUCUGUGAGCACUGCAUUUGUAUUUAGGUAUAUUGUGAGCCUUAAUGCAUAUCCAGUUCUUGUAGAAACAAGUAGGUUUUAUUUAACAGUAACUUAAGAAGAAGGAAAGUGCCUUGGAAUAAGAUCUUCUACACUAGCACCUUUGGUCUAACAUGAAUGGUGCGACAAUGACUUCAUAUGUUGGUGCUUUCAGCUCUUCUCAAAGAUAAAGUUUUUACAACUCAGUGAGCUGAAAUAGAUCUUGUCUGUGUGUUUCAAUACUGUGAUAUUAGUCAUAUUAUGUUCGAUUUAAACAAAACAGGGAAAAUGAAACUGAUUACACGACCAUGACCACUGAUACAUUUGUGUAUUGAAAAAAGGAAUUUGUGUGAAAUAGCUAUUUGAAUUCUCACAAAUUAAAUAAAGCACAAUCAUAUGUUG